GAAAAAUCUUGAUGGCUGCGAAGCAAAAAAAAAAUUGCUUAUUAGAGAGCAGAGCAGUAGGGUUUUCUCUCUUUUCUCUCAGACCCAGUAGUACGCAGUCUUGCAGCUUGCUGGCUGGCUACCAUUUCCUCUCUCUCUCCUUCUUCUCCUCUCUCAAACCUCAAUUCUGGUUUUGCUUUUGGCCGUAGAAAGAAAGAAAGAAAGAAAGAAAGAAAAAUCGAAAGGAUAAACGUACCCAUAACAGAAAUUGUGAUUUUGGUUGGUGAAUUUGACCCAUGGGUAGGGAGGACAGGCUGAAUCACCAUACUAGUUACUAUAACAAUAACAAUUACUACUGUUGGUCGUCGUCGACAGCGGCGGAGAUGGUGUCGGGAGGGGACGGAGAGGCGGCGGCGGGGAAGAGGAGGAUGGGGAGGAGGAGGAAGAAGGAGGUGGAGGUGGAGGUGCCUGCAUGGCUGUCGGGGCUGAUGGGGGAGAGCUUUUUCGGGAGCUGUGUGGUCCACGAGGAGCGGAGGAAGAAGGAGAAGAACGUUUACUGCUUGCUCUGCUGCCACAGCAUCUGCCCUCACUGCCUCCCUGCACAGCACCGCCACCACCCUUUCCUCCAGGUUAGGAGAUACGUGUACCAUGAUGUUGUUCGUCUGGGGGAUCUCGAGAAGCUCAUUGACUGCUCAUACAUCCAGUCGUAUACGAUAAACAGUGCGAAGGUGAUAUUUGUGAAGGAGAGGCCACAGACGAGGAGUGGGGGGAAGGCCGUCACUGCCCACAACGUCUGCUUCAGUUGCGACAGAAUCCUUCAGCACCCCUUCCAUUUCUGCUCCCUCUCCUGCAAGGUGAAUCACAUGGUGGAGGGAGGGGAGGAGCUGGGCAGCAUCCUGGUGAUGGGCGGCGGCCGAGGAACAAUGAAUCAGGCAGUAGUGGACGACGAGGAGGAGGAGGAUGAUGGUGCAGCAGCAGCAGGUGGGUCGGAGGACAUGGCGUUCUCGCAGUUCGAGGAUUUGAGGAUGGACAGCUCUGAGAUCACUGACGACGAUGAAGCUGGCGGCCAAGCCCAAUUAUUCAACUCCAUGCCGCCCUACCACCACCGCAUGAUGAUGACCGAGGCCGACCCAUCCUCCACCGCCACCAAUCAGAUGACGAGGAAGAAGAAGCACGGCCCAUCUGAGAGUGGGGCUGGGGGUUUCCUGCAAGCUGGGAUCACUGCUCUCUCCUUCGGGAGCAGGAGGAAGGGCGCUCCUCACAGGGCUCCUCUUUCUUAGUUCUAACUAAACUAAGUAUUGCUCGCUCUCUCUCAUCCAUCCGUUGGUUAAAUGAACAAGUCCGAAUAAGUUUUAGUUUCAGUAAUUGGAAGCAACCUUACCAAAAGAAAAGAAAAGAAAAGAGAGGGAUAUUGGUGCACAAGUAGACUAGUAUGCAUUAGCAUUAUGCAAGGAAUGAACCAACCAACUGUAAUCCAUGGUUUGUAGCUAAUAUAAUAUGCCUAUUACUCCAGCUCCUGCAUGCAAGUUGUUUUGGUUGGUGCUUUUAGAUUAGACCA